AUCGCAUGCACAGUCGAUUGUACGACGUUGAGAUGGUUUAGUGCCGCCUGUAACUUCGCGUUAGAAAGACGAGCAUUCAGCGGUUAACCUCGACGAAUUGGACGACAACGAUUUUGUUUGUAUAGAAUGAGAGCAUAUACCCAGGAACACAGUCGAGGGAUGAAAAUAUAGGAACCACGUUGAAUCAGUUUCAACCCAAUCGUUUAUCAAUCAGAAGCCACAAGAUGCCGUUCACGGCAGAUGCCGCGGCGAGUCAAAUACAGGAGCGGUUGAAGAAUCUCUACCAUCUGGUGCACGAGAUCGAAACGGCGCGGGUUCGAUCCGAGCACAAUCUAAACAAUAUCCUAAAGACUUAUGAGAAAGUGACUCCAGAGGACAAGCUCCCCUUACUACCAGCAGAAGCUGAAGAAUCUAUACAGCGCGGCGGUGGGCGAUGCUCAGCAAUUCUCCGGAAAGCUUUGGGGAAGAUCAACGAAAUUCGCGCUAUUAGGAACGAACGACGUAUACAGGCCCGUAAUGCGGGUAACAAAGAAACGAUCAGGCGGGGUGCUCUAAUGAAGAUGCUGUUGAGUACCGCGCAGACCCUCCCUCUGUAUGUAGGCAAGACACCAGGAGCAAAACCACCACCUCUUUGCGGGGCGAUCCCCGCGGAGCCAACGUAUAUCGCGAAGAUGGGCGACAUGGUGGCGGCUCUGGUGAAAGGCUCCGAGGAAGAGGAGAACUGGAUCCUAGCGGAAGUGGUCCAGUUCAAUCCGACCACGAAUAAGUAUGAGGUGGAUGACAUUGACGAGGAGCAAAAGGACAGGCACACUCUAUCCAGAAGAAGAGUGGUGCCGCUGCCACUGAUGAGGGCAAACCCAGAGACUGAUCCCCACGCCCUGUUUCCAAAAGGAUCCAUUGUGAUGGCGUUAUAUCCUCAGACAACCUGUUUCUACAAGGCUGUGGUGAACCAACUGCCCACCACCGCCACGGAGGAAUACGAGGUUCUCUUCGAGGACGCGACUUAUGCGGACGGUUACUCCCCUCCGUUGAACGUUGCACAACGUUACGUGAUCUCCAUCAAGGAAAGCAAAAAGAACAAAAGUCAGUGUUGAGCGACUACGUGCAGUAUUAUUACCCCGAUUCUCGCGCUUGUUACCCAGUACAAGUACCUUUCGUUUUUUAUACCGGACACGUUGAUUGAAAAUAAAGUUCAUGAUUCCCAAGUAUAGGUUUAUCAUUGAACCGUAACAGAAAACGGGCGUAUCUACCUCACCCUCGAUCCACGUUUGGGAACGAGGCGCGGAUUUCGUUCCAAUGUAAUUAUUCCAUUGUCACGUAUCGGUAUUUUUUUUUUUUUAUCAUCGAACCCACAUGGUUUGUCGUUAAGUCGAAUCUUGUACGGCGUUCCGGGAAAAUAAGCACGUACUGACAGUUAGGGUCCUAUUUCCGCGAUAUUCCUCUACCCCGGGGGUAAUUGGCGUAGAUUAUACGACGAUAAUAGCGGCAGCCUUAUACACGCGGGUGGACCUUAACCUGGACUCGCCUGACCUUUCGUGGAAUCGGUUCUCCGUGACUGUCCGACCGAGCAAUUUCUUCCUGUACGGAAUAAAUCUUCCCUUCGAGCUAGCACGACGAAGACAGGGGGCUGGGGGGCUAGGGAGGGGGGUGGUUAUGGGAAGGGGGGCUGGUCUCGACGCGAGCAAGGUUGAAAGGCGAAAAAGAGACGCAGGAGAGUGCCGUUCAAUAAUUGAUUCCAUAAUCGGUGGCUGCCGCCAGACAUCAAAGGGAGUCGUGCCCGCUUCCAAUCUCCAGCAGACAGGCCUGGCCAAUCUUCAUUCAUUAUUUAACCUAACUAGCCCCGCAUGAAGUAUCAUAAAAAAGUGACUCCACUUUCGUCGC